AUGGAUAUUCAAAAUUUUACCGCAAGUCGAAAUGUCUCCGCUAUCCUGCCUGCCCCAUACAGUCUGUUGGAAGUCAUAACCAUUGCAACAGUAUCAGCUGUCGUGAGUCUCAUCACAAUAGUGGGGAAUGUGCUGGUGAUGCUCUCGUUCAAGGUCAACAGCCAACUUAAGACUGUUAACAACUACUACUUACUCAGUUUGGCUUUUGCAGACCUUAUUAUCGGUGUCUUCUCAAUGAACCUGUACACAUCCUACAUUCUCAUGGGAUACUGGUCUUUAGGGAAUAUAGCGUGUGAUCUGUGGUUGGCACUUGACUAUGUUGCAAGUAACGCCUCGGUGAUGAACUUGCUGGUCAUCAGCUUCGACAGAUAUUUUUCGAUUACAAGACCACUCACCUACAGAGCUAAACGGACCCCGAAACGUGCAGGCAUCAUGAUUGGCUUGGCAUGGCUGGUAUCGUUUAUAUUGUGGGCUCCACCCAUUCUGUGCUGGCAGUACUUUGUUGGAGAGAGGACAGUUCCUCCUAACCAAUGCCAGAUCCAGUUUUUCUCAGAACCCAUAAUUACAUUUGGGACGGCCAUAGCGGCUUUUUAUGUCCCGGUAUCCAUCAUGACAAUCCUCUAUUGCAAAAUCUACAAAGAAACAGAAAAACGCACAAAGAACUUAGCAGAACUCCAAGGAUAUCCAUCGCUGGACAGCCAUGAAGACCCUAAAGUGCGAAAGCCAAUACUACGAUGCUUUAACUUUAAAAACAAGAGGGACGUCACUCAAGCAUCAUGGUCUUCGUCCAACCAGAGUUACGUAACAAGGACAACAUUGCAGUCUGAAGACCUGUGGACAAAAUCAGACCAAGUCACAACCCUAAACAGUUACACAUCAUCAGAGGAUGACGAGCGGUCCGUCUCUGAAACAACCCCGCGAGAAUCAUUCAAGAACCAGGAAUCGACAGUCAAUAAAAAUGGACAGCUAAUCUGUUAUGAAGACAGCAAAUAUCUAAGUGAUCUUGCAAAAUGCUCCCAGACAAACAAUAAAAAAUGCAUGUCAUACAAGUUCAAGCCGAUCCUUAGCGAUAUCACUUCUUUGCAAGGUAGCACCGAAGCUGAUACAACAAACACAGAUGAUUGUCAGUCCUCAGAGCCACAGGCUCCUUCAUCAACAUCUUCUUCUACCAAACCAGAAGAUCCAAACUUGAAGAUCCAGAUGACCAAGCGGAAACGAAUGGUCCUAAUCAAGGAGAAAAAGGCUGCUCAGACUCUCAGUGCAAUUCUUCUGGCGUUCCUCCUCACCUGGACCCCGUACAACAUCAUGGUGCUCAUCUCCACCUUUUGCUCUGAAUGCAUCCCAGUGUCCCUCUGGCAUCUGGGCUACUGGCUCUGCUACGUCAACAGCACCAUCAACCCCAUGUGUUAUGCCCUGUGCAACAAGACCUUCCAGAAGACCUUUUGGAUGUUAGUCCUCUGCAAGUGGAAGAAGAAUAGAGGAGAGGAGAAACUGUACUGAAGUAACAGCAGAGAUGGCAAAUUUUAGAGCAUGAUGGAUGGGCAUUAAAGGGAAAAGUUCACUUCCAGAAUGAAAAUUUUCUUUUAAUUUUCACCUCCAUGUCAUCCAAGAUGUUAAUGUCUUUGUUUCUUCAGAAAUUAAUUUAAAUGUUAUUUUAAUGUUCUCCAUAUAGUGGACUUCAAUGGUGACCAAUGGGUUGAAGGUCUUGAAGGCUUGAAUAGGUUGAAGCUCAAAUUGCAGUUUCCAUGAGGCUUCAAAGAAGAGCAGCUUGCAAGACGAGCAUUUGUGCUUAAAAAUAUAUAUAUAUAUUUUUUUUUUUUUAUUUAAGAAAAUGACCAAUCGUUUCACUAGAUAAGACCCUUGUUCCUCAGCUGGGUCGUGUAGAGCCAUUUGAAGCUGCAUUGAAACUGCAAUUUGGACCUUCAACCUGUUGGCCACCACUGAAGUCCACUAUAUGGAGAAAAAUCCUGGAAUGUUUUCCUCAAAUUAAAUUUAAAAAUCUUUUCGACUGAAGAAAGAAAGACAUGAACAUCUUGGACGACAGGGGGGGUGAGUAAAUUAUCAGGAAACUGUCAUUCUGGAAGUGAACUUCUUUGAAAUUACAUUUUAGUUUAUGUUGUGCAUACAGUGCCACAGACCAUAUUCCUCUAUUAUUCCUAACCAUUUUCGAGGAUAUAUCUUUGUGUACAUAUUGUUUAUAUUGCCAUAUUAAUUUGACAAAUGAUAUAAUUUAUUAAUAUUUAAUUUAGCUUCUAAUCUGCUUUCUAAUUUUUUUUAAAAUCAUUUAACAUGUUUAAACAACAGUGUAUUUAAAUAUUGUAAAAUGUCUUAAGGCUAGGGAUGGUGAACACAAUAAAUAAAGAUACAGACUGUGAACUUAAAUUAUUAUAAAUAUCAAACAC